AUGGAAGGUAAUGACAUCCAAGCUGAUGUUCCAUUAGUUCCUCUGUCCGCAAUUGACGAACCAAGUAACACGCAAUCCUCAUUUCCUCAUACAAAUAAUAAUAAUUAUCGUGGACGUUCAAACACAGUUUCACCAAUUUCUUUACCAACAAUAGACCUUGGAAUUCGUAGAAGAUCCAGUCGUACAUUAGGUCACAAUUACAACUCACCCACUACAAGGCCUUCAUUAGUAUCUUCAAGAACAUUUAUAGAUCCUUCAAAUCAAUUAUUUCGUGAUGUUGAUUUUCUUGCUCAUGAAUCUCCAAUAACUUCACAACCAAUUCGGAUGCCUUCAUUUUUGAAUAGGAGAAGAAACAACAUGUUACACAAUGAUGAUGUGGUUGAGAUGUCAGAUGUACCAAGACGUGAAAGUUUUACUAAUCAUUCUGCUUCUUCUACUUCUUUGCCAAUUGCGUCAUCAUCUUCGAAUGAAAUUCAAGAAUCGUACGGAAAGAAUUCUAAUAAUCGAGUCAAAUUAAGGCAUACCAAAAGUCUUAGUAGAAUGAGUCAUAUACUCGCAAGAGCUUCCACCCGUGUUGUAAAUAUGUCUAAUACUUCACAAGAUCAACUUGAAAAAGAAGAAGUGGACUUUAAUGUUCAACCCAGAUCUACAAUUCGUAAAAGUUGGAAAAGUAAUCGUUUUCCUGAUAAAAAUGGUUCUAUUUCCGAUGAUAAUUAUCCUUCGCAAGAUAAAUCAAGGAAUUCCUCAUUAGGACAAUCUAAUGGUAGUAACCUUCGUUUGGCUCAGACAUUACAGUCACAAUCUCCAUUGGAAGGAAAUUCUUUAUACAUGUUCGGACCGUCAAAUCCAAUCAGACUCACUUUAUAUGAAAUUUUAAAUCAUCGAUGGGCGGAAUCAAUAAUUUUAGGUCUCAUAAUAGCAAAUAUUUUGUUAUUAAUUAUCGAUGCAUGGGACCCUGUUACAGAAAGUAAUCCGCGUAGAACAAAAUGGGGAUCAUCAGGAAUUGACUAUGCUCUAUUAGUAAUUUAUACAAUAUACACGUUGGAAAUUUUGGCACGUAUUAUAGUAUCAGGAUUGUUAAUAAAUCAAGAGACGACACCAUUUAAAAAAGCAAAAGAUUCUCCGUCUAUAUCACCAAAUGGUUCAAAGCAUGAUGUGAGAGAAACGUCAAUGGAUUUACAAUUUUCACAGUCCUCAAACCAAUAUGUUUCAAGAGUAAUAGCACACAAGUCUGCAAUGAAUACUGCCUUCCUUAGACAUACUUUUAACAGAAUUGAUUUAUUUGCAGUAGUAUCUUAUUGGAUUGAUUUGCUAAUUACUUUAUUGGGAGUUAACCAUUUCUUCUUAUUUAAAGCAACUUCAACCUUAAGAAGUUUCAGAUUAUUGGCUAUUACAAGUGGUAGUGCCACAAUCCUGCAAUCAUUGAAAAAGAGCGCCCCGUUGUUGGUUAAUGUGACAUCAUUUAUUGGAUUUUUCUCUAUAUUAUUAAGUAUAAUUGGGGUACAAUCAUUUAAAGGAUCACUUUCUAGGAGAUGUGUGUGGAUAGAUAUAAAUAAUUCAUCAAAUACUUUUGUACAUGAUGAUCAAUAUUGCGGAGGUUGGAUAGACAAAGAUGGAGUAACAAGAGUAGCUGGUUCAUUUGCUCCUGGUGGAAAAGGAUUUAUUUGUCCCGUUGGUCAAAUGUGCGAGGAAGUCGGAAAUCCUCAUGGCGGAUUGGCAUCUUUUGAUAAUGUAUUUUUUUCCUUGAUUUUAGUUUUUGUUAUUUCAACAAUUCAAAAUUGGACAGAACUUAUGUAUAAUGUGAUGGAUUCAGAGUUUGAUUUCGUGAGCGGUUGGACAUUACAAGAUAUAAGACAGACAACAAAAACAAGUUGGUUAACUCGUAGAAUGGACGAGACCAAAUAUGUUUGGGUUUUUUUAAUAUUUGUUGAUUUAUUUAUAAUGGCAUUUCGAACUUCUAUUAUGCCUCCUCAAAAAGAGAUUAUUUUGGAUCGAGCUGAACUAAUUUUUACAAUAGUAUUUGCGAUUGAAAUCGCUUUGAGAUUAUUUUCAUAUUUGCCAAAAUAUCACUUAUUUUUCCAAUCUACAAAGAAUAUUGUUGAUUUUACAUUAUCUAUUGUAACAUGUAUUAUACAAUUACCUUUUAUUAAAGAAACUGAAGCUUAUCCUUAUUUAACUCUAUUUCAAAUUCUUAGAGUUUAUAGAGUUAUUAUUGCAAUUCCUAGAUUAAGAAAUUUAUUGGUCAGAGUUUUAGGAAGCGUAGCAGGAUUUGCAAAUCUAGUGUUGUUUAUUUUCAUCGUUAAUUUCAUUUCCGCCAUAAUUGGAGUGCAAUUGUUAAGAGGGUCUAUUCCAAACGAAAAAGUAAUGAGAUUUAGUGAUAUUUUUAAUAGUUUUUUGGCCCUAAAUCAGUUAUUUUCAGGCGAAGAUUGGACAAAUGUAUUAUAUGAUACGAUGCAGUUUGAAUCUGAAAAAGGAAGUAAUGGCACUGCCAUAAUAGCUGUUAUAUUCUUAAUUAUAUAUGUAUUCUUAUCAAACUUUAUUCUGUUGACUAUGUUCAUUGCUGUCUUGCAGGAGAAUUUUGAGAUUGCCGAAGAACAAAAACAUAAAAUACAGCUGCAAAAAUUUAAACGUAAUGUUGAUUCAACUGAAAAGAAAGAUGAUGUUAUUGAUAGGUGGAAUUUUUAUAAAUAUUUCCAGGCCAAGCCAAAAGCUUUAGCUGUAGAAAGUAUCCCAUCUAAUUUGAUCUUGCAUACACAAAAAAGCCGAGUAAGGGAUUUUUUGACAGAUAGUGAUAAUUUUACCGAAAAAAAGAAUUUUAUUGAGAAUGAAUAUAAGAAAACUUCAACCAAUUUUGUAAUUCGUCUAAAACGAUAUUUUGGUUAUAAUGAAGAGAUUAAUAAAACACCUUUACUUGGAAGUAGAAGAGGUUCAAAUUUCGAUGAUGUUCAUGGAACGAAUGACAUUGGUGAACCUACUAUUGAUAAACCUAUGGAAGCAUUUUUAGAUGAUUUUCAAGAACGUCAAGCUAUCAAAGCUGAUUUCUUGGCCGCUCACCCAAAUUAUGAUGCAUCACUUUGGUUUUUAUCACCUCGUAAUCGAUUUCGAAGAUUCUGUCAACUUCUUGUUCAAUCUAGUCAUGAUGAUCGUGUUUAUGGUACACCACCCUCACAAACAUGGAGUUUUGUAUUCAGUGUAUUCAUCUAUUUAUGUAUUAUUGCAAGUGUUAUUCUUGCCGCAUAUGCGAAUCUGUCAUAUCAAAAGGAAUAUUUCAACCAAUAUGGUGACAAAGGAAGUACAUGGUUUUGGAUUACAGAUGUUGUAUUUACUGGUAUCUUUACUGUAGAAUUCUUUAUUAAAAUAAUUGCCGAUGGAUUUCUUUUAACACCAAAUGCAUAUUUACUUAAUGUUUGGAAUCAAUUAGAUUUUUUUGUGCUUAUUACACUUUACAUUAACAUUUCAAUUGCGGCAACAAGUACUGGAGGCGUUGCAAGAACCGUUCGUGCAUUUAAAGCUUUGCGUGCACUUCGAUUGAUUAAUCUAUCUAGCUCAGUGAAAGAUACAUUUUAUUCUAUUUUAAUUGCGGGGGCUCCACGUAUUAUUGAUGCCGCUUUGCUUUCUAUAAGUUUAGUCAUACCUUUUGCAAUUUAUGGGGUUAAUAUUUUUGCUGGACUGUUCUUUUCCUGUAAUGAUAAUAAUGAAAACGGUAUUAUAGAAAAAAGUCAAUGCGUAGAUGAAUUUGAGAAUGAGAUUUAUAAUUUUCCUGUGUUAAUGCCAAGAGUAUGGGCUAAUCCUUUUGGAUAUAAUUUUGAUAACUUUAAAUCGGCUUUACUUAUAUUAUUUGAAAUUAUUUCAGGAGAAGGAUGGAUAGAUGUCAUGGUAACAUCUAUGAACAUUGUGAGACGAGAUUUUAAUUCGGAACAAGAUCAUUCUAAGUGGAAUGCAUUGUUUUUUAUGAUUUUUAAUCUUGCGGGCUCUGUGUUCAUUUUGACGUUAUUUAUAAGUGUAAUCAUUUCUAAUUAUCAAUCGAAAUCUGGUACGGCCUAUCUGACCGCUGAUCAGAAACGAUGGAUUGAUUUGAAGAAAUUAUUGAAACAGAUUACGCCCUCAAAGAUUCCAAAGAAACGGCCCAGUAAUAAUUUUAGAGCUCUUUGUUUUGAUUAUGCUACAGAAAAGCGAGGAAUACUUUCAAAAACCAUGAGUGUCAUUUAUAUUUUGCAUAUCUUAUUGUUGAUGACUGAAGCAAAGAGUGCUCCUCCAAUUUGGGAUAAAAUUAGAGAAAUCCUUUUUGUUAUUCUUAUUAUAAUAUAUAUGAUGGAAUUUUCUAUCAAAGCCAUUGGUUUAGGAUGGAAAGUGUUUCAAAAUAAAUGGAAUUUAUUUGAUUUUCUCGUGGUUAUUGGAGCUGCAGCAACAACAAUCCCAAUUUUGAAAAGCGAUGUGAUGAAUCAAUUAUUUAAAAAUAUGGUCGGAAGUUUACCAUCAAUUUUCAAUUUAUUUGCAGUUUGGUCUAUCAUUUUUGUUGUGUAUGCUAUCAUGUUUAUGGAAAUAUUUGGUUUAACAAAAUAUGGAAAAAGUGGAGGUGAACAUGUAAACUUUAGGCAGUUCCCAACCGCAAUGAUAACACUGAUUAGAAUGUCAACUGGAGAAGGCUGGAAUGCAAUUAUGCAUGAUUUUUCAGUUGAACCGCCAGAAUGUGUAGCAAGCAACAACUUGUAUAAUUCAGAUUGUGGAAAAGCUUGGAAAUCAGUCGAUUUUGAUAGAACUGGAUAUAUAAAAAGCAAUGAAAUUUCAAAAUUCUUUUCGAAACUUGAAGGAUCAUUUCAAGUACGAAUUUAUCAAGAUGAAUUUCUUAUUCCAAACCUUAUAAAAAACACUCGUGUUAUUAAAAAUUUAGAAUCAGGGCAAUUAUGGGGUAGUAGUAAGCAAAGAAGUAACCUUGAAGUUGAAAAUCUUGAUAUCAAAAAAUUGGAACAUAGUUUAUCAAAGAUUAAUUUGAAUCAAGUGUAUAAGCGAAGAAAAAUUUAUAAUCAAUUAUAUCAAGAAGCAUUAUUAUCAGUUGAAAAAGAUUCAAAUGGAAAUGAAAAGGGAAUUUCAUUCACUAGUAUGCUUAUAAUGCUUGCUCAUUAUAAGUUAAUUAAUGAUGAUAAAUGCUUAGAGAUUCACGAGUAUAUAAAACGUAAAGAAAAGUUAGAAAAAGUUAUUGAUAACGUAAAUAAGGAUCGUGUAAAAUCUUUAUUACGUACAAUUUAUUGGCAUAAAAAAUUCAAAGCAAUUAAAGAGGAACGAUUAAGGAGUGAAAGAAUGAGUGAGAUGGUUGGAAGUAUUGACGUCCCACGUAUUAUGGUUAAUGAUUCUGAUGCACAAAAUCUAAGAAUUGACACGAGUUUAAAUAUUAAUUCACAAAUAAAUAACUUAAGAGAAGCUUCAAGCCCAAUAUCUUCUAUUGGUACACCAAUAUCACCUCAAAUAACCGGAUCGUCCGGUUCUUCCAAUUCACCUGGAUCACCUAAUUCCACUAAUUCUGAUCAUAUUUCAGAAUAUUUUGCGUUAAGAACUUCACUUGGAUACGUUUAUGGAGAACAUUCUUCAAGAAUAUCAAGUGAUAUUAUCGAAGAAGAAAAAUUGUUAAGAGAAAGUUGGAAUUCAAUUGAUGCUAAUACAGAAAUGGAUGAUCAAACUGCUGAUCAGUUAAUAAAUAAUUUACAAAGUAAUUACUGGCAUAGAAAUGUCGAAUCAUGA